AUGAAACCUUUAAAUCAUUAUUUACUUGAAGAAAAAUUAAUUGAUGUUGAUAUUGAUCCAAAUAUUAUAAAACAAAUAAAAAAAUAUGAAAGCCGUUUUAAUAAAUUGCUACCAAUUAUUGAAGAAACUUCACAUGAAAAUAAAUUUAUAACAAGUUCACUAUUAAAAAAACUUCGAAUCAAACGUAAUUCAGAGAAAUCAGAAUUUGUAAUAAAUAAUUCAGAUAUAGAUCCAUUACAAAUUUCAUAUGAUUAUUUAAAAUCAAAAGUUCGUAAUAAAAGAGAUGAAAGGAAAAUAAUUGAAUUAGAAGAAGCAUUUCGUAGAUGUAAAAAAGAAACUAAUAAUCAACAGGACUGUAAUCAUUAUUUUAAAGAAAUGUACGAACAUGUUGUUCAUAAAAAAUUAAAUCAAACAGAAAUAAAACCAACUAAAAUUGAAAUAUCGAAAUCAAAAUCAUCAUUAUCUCCUGAUACUAAUGCUAGAUUUAGUGAAUCUGAAGAAACUACUACAUCAGAUAAUAAUGAUGAUGAAGAGACAACAUCAACAAUGCCGUUAUUACCUUUAGAUAUGCGUGAUGAUUUGAAAGUUACUGAACAAGAAUUUAUUUCUACAACACCAAAAUCAAAAAUAAUUCAAGCUGAAUUACCCGAAACAAUUAAAGGUCGUGCACAUUCUAGUUAUGUUGAUCAAAAUAGUAAUAUUUAUGUUAGUACAAAUAAUGAUCAGUUAAUUAAUAACAAUGAUGAAAGAAGUUUUGUAGAUUUCAUUGAUAUUCCAAUUAAAAAUUUUAAUGAUCCACCACAUUUUCAUGAUGAUUUAAUAGCUGAUUAUUCAUCAUUAUCACAUGCUGUUAAUUGGGAUCCUGAAAAUUCAUAUGGUCAUGAAGAAUAUAAUUUAGGUCAAAAAUGGGCGAGUAAACUACAUGGAUCUGAAUCAUUGAAAUCUCGAAAUUCUGUUGAUUUAAAUGAAGAAGAAACUACUAAGAAAGCAGUAUUCCCUAAAGAUUUUCAAUUUCGUACUGUAGAGCUUGAUUUUGAUAUUUACUUGAGAGGUUUACAAAAUAAUUCUGUACUUCCAAUGGGUGAUAAAAAUAAACUACAUGGAAAUUUUUAUUCUAAGCCACCACAUUUUUCAUCAACUAAUUUAUUAAGUGAUAAUGAUACAAUUAAAGUAACAUCACCUCCACCACCGCUCCAUACGACAGCAACCACAGCAAAAGCACAAACAAGUGGAGUUUUUCCUGUAACUGGUGAAACUAUAAAAGCAACUGCCCAAUUUAUGGUAAAUCCAAAUUAUGGAAUUCCAUCAACACCAUUAUGUUUUGCAUCAAAUCCAUCGAAUUUUAAAACAUUUUUCCAACCAAUAAUAUGGCAACAGUCAAUUCCGGCACCUAUAGGCCAACCUAUAGGUACAUUAGCUGGAAUGUAUCCAGGCUUUUAUUAUGCGAUACCAAACAUCCAACAGCCAAAUAUUCCAAUAAAUCAGCAUGGAGUCAGUGUUAGUCCAUUUGGAGGAACAACAUCGGCAGCAAAUUUUGGUCAUCAAAACAUUCAUCACUUUAAGCAGCCACCGUUAAUGACACCAAUAAGCCCUAAUGCACAACCAGUAUUUUGUACAUAUAUGCCUAAUGCCAGUAAUUCUCCAGCUUUAUUCUUUAGACAUGACGCAGGAAAUUUUAGAAACAGUAAUGAAAAUACAAAAGCAGACGCAGGCGAUAAAAAUCUUUAUCCAAAUAUUCCACAAGAAACCGAUAUUGUUUACGCUUCUUUCGUAAAUCAAAUGUCUUUACCGUAUGGCAGAUCAAACUUCGCUGAACAAAAUAAUCAUUGCAGUUCCGAUUCUAUAGCUUGUCAUUCAAGCCACCAAUGUAUACAUAAAUCAAAAUGGUGUGAUAAUAAAGUUGAUUGUACUGAUGCAAGUGAUGAAAGUGCUUGUUCCUGUAAAUCUAGAUUAUAUGAAUCACGUAUUUGUGAUGGUUAUCCAGAUUGUCCAUUUGGUGAAGACGAAAUGGGAUGCUUUGGUUGUGAUAAACUAAUGUUCUCAUGCUAUAAUAAUGUUCAUGAAUAUAUUGCAUCAGGAAAUUCAAGUAUGUCGAUGUGUUAUAGUUUAAUAAACAAAUGCGAUGGUGACAGAAAUUGUUUGAAUGGAAAUGAUGAAAAAGAAUGUAGUGCUAUACUUAGUGAUAUUGGAGGCAAAAAUAUGCUUCAACCUAAAGCUUUCACGGAUGGUAUUCUUCAUCGUAAUUUUAAAGGAAAAUGGUAUCCAGUUUGUGGAGAAAAUUCAAUGGCAUACGCAACUGAAGCAUGUGAAAAUGAAGUGGGUAAACUUACUGAGGCUCCAAGAAGUUGUGAAAAAGACGGUCAAUCAAUAUAUACUCAUGUACGAUGUCCACCACUUAAAUGCGGUACUACUAAAUUUGAUGAUAUUUAUUUAGGCAGAAAUAAAAGAGAUGAAAAUAUGACAACUCCUGUAGAAGAAUUACUAUCUAGAUCUAAACGAAGUAAUUUAAGAAUAGUUGGAGGUCAAUUAUGUGAACCAUUAAAAUGGCCAUUUAUUGUCGCUAUUUAUAAGAAUGGCAAAUUUCAUUGUGGCGGUAUAAUAUAUAAUAAUGAAUGGAUUAUAACAGCCGCGCAUUGUCUUGUUGAUUAUGAACGACAUUAUUUUGAAGUUGAAGCUGGACUUCUACGUCGUAGUAGUUAUUCUUCUAAUGUACAGAGAUCAAAAGUUUUGCAAGCUAUUAUUCAUGAUGAUUAUCAGCAUAAAACUAUGGUACAUGAUUUAGCCCUGUUAAAAAUUGAAAAACCACUUAAAUAUAAUAGAUGGGUCCGACCAAUAUGCUUGCCUGAUAAAGGUAGAAGUGGCCUAACUGAUGCUGAUUGGAUGAUUGGUCCCAAACCAGAUACAUUAUGUACAGCAGUUGGUUGGGGUGCUAUAAGGGAAAAAGGACCUGGAAGUGAUCAUUUACGAGAAGUAACAGUACCGAUAAUGAAAACCUGCAAAACUAAGGCAGAUAAUGAAGUUUUUAAUAUUUGUGCUGGGGAGGAUGAAGGGGGUCGUGAUGCUUGUCAAGGUGAUUCUGGUGGUCCAUUAUUUUGCCGCAGUGAAGGCUACGAAAAUGAAUGGUAUUUAGCUGGCGUAGUAAGUCAUGGACAAGGAUGUGCACGAGCUGGUGAACCUGGUGUUUACACAAGAAUUUCUCUUUACAAAAAUUGGAUUACUAAGUGGAUAUAUGAAUCUCAUAGAAUGAAUUUACCACAACCAACUAAACAAGACUGUUCCGGACAUAUGUGCAUUUGGGGAGGUGAAAAAUGUAUUCCAAGUCGAAAACGUUGUGAUCGAUAUGUUGAUUGUUUGGGUGGAGAGGAUGAAGUCGGUUGUGAAUAUCCAACAGACCUAGUUGGAAAUAUCCAAGAAAUAUCAAAACGACCUGAUAUUGAAGAAGAAAUCGUCUUUAGAAACAAUGAUGAACUGAAAAGUAAUAAUGACACAACUAAAACAGAAACGUUUGAAAAGAAACAAAAUCAAAGUACUACUCCCAUUACACACGGUGCAACUACUACUAGCAAGAGCAUCACUAUAAAUAAAUCCUCAUCAACCACUAAUCUAGCUUCAACUGGGAACUCCGCUGAUUUUACGACUACCUUACCAAUUACCACUACAUUUUUUACCAACCAAAAUGAUAGCUCAACUACGGCAAAUUGGGAAACAAGUGAUAUAACAACAGAGAGCAGUAACAUCUUAAAGUCAUCAACAGAAUUAACAACUGAAUCAUGGAACGAAUUUUCAUCAACAUUUGCUUUUUCUUCAACUGAUCUUAACUGGUUCUCCAGCACAACGGAAGCGCCAAUUUCAAUAACAACACAAAAUUCAAAUUCAUUUUCAACACAAAAUGACCAAUCAGAAGAAAAUCCUCUAAAUAAUCAAACAAAUUUCAAAAAACUGUCAAGUGGUAUUAAUACAUUAAAACCAGGUUCACAGAAGUUUAUAUGUAAGAGAAUUCUUCAAUCUGUGGACAUGACAAAUCGUUGUGAUAGAAUCAUUGAUUGCGAAGAUGGAACUGAUGAAGAAGAAUGUACCUGCAGAGAUUAUUUGAGAGGCCAUCUUAGUUCAUUCAUAUGUGAUGGUAAACCAGAUUGUGAAGAUUUAACCGAUGAAAAGGGUUGUGAUAAUUGUACUACAGGAGAAUUCCUUUGCCCACUUUCAAGAACUUGCAUACCACUUUCGAAACGUUGUGAUGAGAAAAUUGAUUGUCAAUUUAAAGAAGACGAAUUGAACUGCUUUGCCUUAACGAAUGGAAAACAUGUGGCACUUGAUCCAGACAGACGUCCUCAAUUAAAUAGUAAUGGGUUCUUUACUAGAAAUAAAAACGGUGUUUGGCGUAUCAUAUGCUCAUAUGAAAUCGAUUUUCAUAAAAAUAUUGCAAACACAACCAGUAACAUUUGUAAAGUAUUAGGUUUUAAAGGCAGUACAUUUUCAAAUGUAAGUGAUCCUUUAAUAAUUGAUGAAACAUCACCAGAUUCGCAGUUAAGAACCACAAAUGAAAAUAUACAGAGCGAUAUGAUUGAAAAAAUAACAAUAAUGGAAGUAAUUUCAGAAUUUAGAGAUUCGUCAUCACAUUUUAUUCAUCGAACACAAUUACCAAGUUAUCGUAUACCAAGAUCAUUAAGUGAUGAUAAAAAAAUUUGUAAAUCAUUGUAUAUUGAAUGUUCACAAUAUUCAAAUUCUCAUGAACCUGAUAACAAUUUCGAUAAUGAAGUUGAUGAAAGUAAUAGUUUAUCCAAAGAUUUUUCUGCACAAAUAUUAGAACCAGUUAUUAAUGUGCAUCAAAAACCAUUUGUUGUAUUAAAAUCUAAUAUUUCAACAUUAUUUAAUUUGAACGAUACUAUUCUAAAUGAAAAAGAUGAUCAAAGAACUUUUGAAAAUUCAAAUAAUUUGAAAGAUAAUAUAAAUUCACCACAUUAUCCAUGGUCAGUAGAAAUUUUUGCUAAUGGUGUAUUUCAAUGCAAUGGUGUUUUAUUGAAUAAGCAUUGGGUUGCCGUACCAGCUAAAUGUUAUUUAACAUGGAGCCUGGAAAAAGAUUGGGUAACCGCAUUAAUGGGUAAUAAUAAGAAAGACCUUGGAUACAAAGGACCAUAUGAACAAAUUCGAAGGAUAAAUUGUAUGAAAUCGGUUCAAUCGAAUGUUUUACUAUUACACUUAGAGAAUCCAAUUGAAGUUUCAAGGCAUGUUUUACCAACAUAUUUACCAAUAAAGAAUAAUCACGGCAUUGAUGAUGAUGAUGAUAAUGAUGAUGAUGAUGACGAUGAAGACGACGACGACAAUGAUUCCGAAGAAAAUUAUAUAGAAAAAAAUCAUCAUGAUGAAUGCAUGAGUGUUACUUAUGAUAAACUGGAUAAAAUUAAAACAUUUACUGUCAAGGAAUCUACUUGCGAGGAUAAUAAUAAUUCAAAUUUAGAUCCUGAUUCUGAUGAAAAUACAACAUUAUGUUUAAAUAGUAUUUUAAAAAAUUCAUAUGAAAAAGAAUUGUUGAAUUUUUGUAAAGGCAAUAAUAAUUAUCAAAAUGAAGAAAUGCAAAUUUUAAAUGAUUCAUUACAUUACGGGGAUUCAUAUUAUCAUCGACAUAAUAACCAUCAUGGUAUUAUAAUGUGUGAAAGUAGAUCAAAAUCUGGUUGGUAUCCAAUAUCAUUUUAUUCAAGAGAAGUUAAAAGUAAAUGCAAUGAUAGUAAGAAAUUAAGCGAAAGUAAUGAAGAAAUGGAAAAUAGUGAAAUAAAUUUAAGAGUUCAAGCUUUAUGUCCUGAAACAUAUGAGGAAAUUUUAAAAGCUAUUGAACGACCAGAUUGUGAUGCAUAUUAUUCAAUGCCAGUAUUAGAUUGUUCAACUGGAUUUAGAUGUCCAUUAGGAAAUUGUUUACCAGAGCACAAAAUAUGUAACUCUGAAUUAGAUUGUCAUGAUGGUAGUGAUGAAAAUAGUAAAUUAUGUCUUGCACGACAAGAAAAUAAAUGUGCUCCAUCCGAUAUAAAAUGCCAAAAUGGAAAAUGUGUACCAAAAUCAAAAUUCUGUGAUCAUUAUGAUGAUUGUGGAGAUUUAACAGAUGAACCAGCUAUUUGUUCAUGCUAUACGUAUUUACAGGCAACAAAUUCGAGUAAAAUUUGUGAUGGUAUUAGAAAUUGUUGGGAUAAAUCAGAUGAAAGUCCGGCAAUAUGCAAUUGUUCUCCUACCAGCUAUAAAUGUUCAAGCUCCGACGAAUGUAUACCAAAAGAUUUUGUUUGUGAUGGUGAAGCAGAUUGUCCAGAUGGUGAAGAUGAAGAAUAUUGUUAUGGUUUAGAAUAUUCACCAGAAUCAAAGUCGUUAAGUGACGGCUAUGGUCAAUUAAUUGAACAAUCUUUUGGUGUUUGGCAUACAAAAUGUUUUCCACGUAAUAAACCAUUACCAAGUCAAAAAGAUAUUUGGGAAAUUUGUAAAAAACUUGGCUAUAAUAAUUACCAAUAUUCCGAAAACUCAGUAAAAUAUCGUAUAAUUGAUAAUGAUAAUAUUACUAGUGAAAUUAUAAAUUCAAAUUUAAAUGCAAAAAAAACUAAUUCUAAAAGAAUAAAAUAUAUGGAACCAAGUAAACAUAUUAUUGUUAAUAAAUUUUCACCAAUACAUAUAAAUAGAAAUUUAACACUUAUGAUGAAACCAAGCCGUCCAAUUGCUCAAUUAAUUAAAUGGAAUGAUGAUGAUGAAAAGAAUUGUUAUCGUAUGGAAAUUAAAUGUGAAUAA